UGUUGCUGUGUCGUCUGGCUCCUCAGGGACACGGUGGCGAUCCAGGACUCUCUGGCCACCGUCCGCUUCCACGACCUCCUGGCUCAGCUGGACGACCAGCACAGCCGCUUCGCCCUGGAGAACAACUUCCUGCUGCAGCACAACAUCCGCAAGAUCAAGAGGAACCUGCAGGAUCGGUUCCAGGAAGACCCGGUCCACAUGGCCAUGAUCAUCUCCAGAAACCUGAAGGAGGAGCAGAAGAUCCUCGCCAUCGCCAAGAGCACCGAG